AGACUCUGAUGAUGAUAAGGAUGAAAGGGAUGGUGAUGAAGAUAUUCUUCUUAAAUCAACAGGCCAGUGUUUGCCAGUAGGAGUUGUGGAGAAUAAUGCAGAAGGAAAACGAAAGAAACAUCUUAAAGAUCGUAUGGGAACACUCAGAGAAAGAGAGGUUUUUAUCCGAUCUUCACCUCCUAUAUGGAGGAUGGUCUAUCUAAUGUGGAGUGCUCCUAUUACAAAAUUUUGGACAUUUCAGAUUUUCUACAUGUUUUAUCUGGGAAUGUUCAGUUUGGCUGUGCUCUGGCCUUCUUGUGGGAAUAUCUAUCUGGACUCGGCGGUUUGCAUUUGGACAGCACUUAUUGUUCUGGAAACCAUUCGGAGAACCUACGUGCUUUAUCGGAAAUUUAGCAGUGUACCACUUUUCUUUAAGGUCAUUGAAAUCCUGUUGAUGAUAACCUUUGUGUGUCUGUAUAGUUUGGGACGUAUAUUUUAUAUUGGAAGUUUUCUAAGCCCCUAUACGAGUAAAGUGCUUCUUUGUGUGGCACUUCUGUAUUUUUACUAUCGAUUGAUUGCCAUUUACUUGCCAAUAUCACCAACACUGGGACCACUCCUGUACAGAGUUAAGUUAAUGGUCGUUGUAGACUUUGUUAAUUUCAUGAGAAUGACUCUACUUGUGAUAAUCAGUGGUGGGAUUGUUAUACAUGCCGUCCUUUACCCAGACUACCCCCUCAAUGCUGAACUUUUUCGACGAACUUUCCAUCGUGCUUGGUUUUCCAUGUAUUUGACCCCAAUUGAUGAUUUAGAAGGUAAAGAACGAUGUCACCAAGGUUAUCAAAAUGUAUCUGAGUCGUGCUAUGUUGGAAAGUAUUCCGAUUUCACCUGUCCCACUACAGGAGCAUGGCCGUACAUAUUUUCAAUUCAGUAUUUUGUGCUUCUAAAGUUGAUAUUGUUGACUUUACUCUAUGCUCUCUUCAGUGCCACUGCAUCAAAAAUACAGAACGAGACUGAAGACAUCUGGAAAUUUCAACGUUAUCAGCUAGUGGUAGAUUUUGCUAACAGACUGCGAUUACCUGCACCAUUGAACAUAAUAAGUUACAUAUUAAUUAUAUUUGAAUGGACUUGGAGACUUAUCUGUUGCAGACCUUGCAAGAACAACAGGAAACGUGAUGAGGAUGGGGAGGCUGUUUUGAUAAGUGAUAAAAUAGCUGUCGGACGUCUCACUGAGAAAGACUACAACUACUGGCGACAGCUAGCUCAGGAGUACAGUACUUCUGAGGAGGAAAUAGCCAAAGAAGAAAACAUGCAGAAAAAACAGAUGGAACUGUUAACAACAAUAGCAGAAGACGUUGAGUAUGAGAAGAACAUAUUGCGGCAGGUCAAAGGCCGUGUGGGGGAGUUGGAGAGAAUGCUUAUGUUCUCACAGGUGUUCUUGGAAAGCAUAAAACACAUGAAUCAGAGAGAAGAAGAACGUAGUCAGGGCUCUUUGCACUUCCUUGCACGUCAAACCCCUUAUCCUGGGACCAUAGUUCAACGGUUUCCCAUCCCUGACAAAUAUGUGGCUUGGGAAGUAAUGUGGAUAGACUACGAUCCAGUUGCAUACAGCCGGCCUCGUUCAGAAUUUCCAGUGUCACUGCAGCCUCAUGUGGAUGAAGACUUGCUACUGUUAAGAGAAAAACAAGGAACUGUGCUACCAAUGUUACAGUGGAACUCUUUGUCCACUAAUCCUGCAGGCAUCACUAUCGAUCGGCAGUCGUGGAUUAUUGAAGGGGAUGGCAUGCCCCUUGUUUACAAGCUGGACAGGGAGGGCGUUCCACGAAAUCCACUUGGUCGAACUGGAUUAAGAGGAAGAGGGGCUUUACCACGUUGGGGACCAAAUCAUUAUGUUAUUAUUGUCAUGACAAGAUGGCAAAAUAAUAAGAUCGUGACUCCUGUAGGAAAGGGACUGGAAUUUGUUGUUCUCAGAACAACGGAGAAAAGAGACCAGAUUUCUUUACCUGGAGGAUUUGUACCAGGAGAUCAGAAGUAUGAAGUCGUACGAGCUCUUUUCAAAGUUCAAGAAACGGGGACAAACAAGUGGAAAACUGAGGAGGACUUGGUUCAGUUCAUGAAAAACUGCAGUAUUUCAUCGGAGAAUCUUGAAACGAUGGAGGGUGAUUCAAGUAGUCAACAGGAUGUAAAGAGUGACAUUAUUCUCAAGGGAUACAUGGACGAUCCCUGGAAUACGGAUCAAGCCUGGCGAGAAGUGGAACUCUGGCACGUCCAUUACAGCGGUGUCGAAAAUGUAGCUGAUAAGUUACAGCCUAGCCUUGGGUGGAGGAUAAUUACAGAUGAUGUCUUCAUUAAGCUACCUGCUGGGCAGGCUGCACUUCUGCAGGAAGUCACCCAUCGACUCCAACCUGUGAUUCUGUGACUGCUCCAACGAUCAUUGUCGUUGGUGUGGUUUUAUCAUUAAUUUUUAAUUUGUAUUUAAAAAGUACAUUGAUUUUUUUUUACUGUUUUUACUACAAUGGGUAUGAAUGUAAUUGAAAAUUUUGUAUUUGUGAAUGUAUUUUUAAUUCAUUUGUCUACAGUAGUUACAUAACUGUCGAUAAGAAAGAACAUUUAAAUUUUAGAAACA